AUGUCCCUUCAUGGCGCUGGCCGACACAGGACGGUGGUGGCGGAGAAAUGGGCGCCGGCGGCCGCGGGGACGAGGGGGAGGAGUCCGUACGAUGUGCUUAGGGUGCGGGAGACGGCGACGGCGGGAGAGAUCAAGGCGGCGUACCGGUCCAUGGCCAAGCGGUUCCACCCGGACGUGGCUGCUGACGGGAGAGGGGACGACUUCGUGGAGAUUCACCGGGCGUACGAGGCGCUGUCGGACCCGGUGGCGAGGGCGCGGUACGACCUCUCGAUGGGGAGGUGCUGGCGGGGGGCGGAGCGCCUCCGAUCCAGGAGGUGGGAAACGGACCAGUGCUGGUAG